UGAUUAUCUUAUUUAUUUAUCGGAUAAUUGCGAGGUUUUAAGGACUUCAUCAAUGGCUUGAUGAACAGUGCUUUAUUCCAUCUGCUACCUUCCGUCUUCUUCUCUUCACCCUCUGCCUCUGCCUUUUCUCCAUACAAACAAAAAGCGCGUCCUUGCUCACUACCACCAAACACUAAUCCGGUGUCCGAUUUACGGUUUUGGUUUACGACUGUGGCCUAUUUCUACAGAGUUGGGGUUUUGGGUUUGUGAUUUUCACAGUUUUUUAAACGUGGAACGUAUGCAAUUACCUAUAGAUAGCAGGGUUCUUGGUAAGGCGCGAAAACCUUGCUUGUUCAACUUCUCCUAUAUUGAUUCAUAUAGCAGAGGGAGGCGCAAUUUUUUGUGUAACGCGUAAAUUUGGGCUUGGGUAAAUACUUAAUCCAUGACCUCCAUUCUUUCAAUUUCUUCAAUCAAUGUAGCCGACUAGAGCUCUUCGAUUUCACAGUGCUACUGCUACACAGCUUUCAUUGUUUUCAUGGCCAUCGAGGAUCAUAUUGAAGGUGUAGGAAUCGGAACUUAGUCACUUAUCGGCUGAAUAUUGAUCAUCACUGAAUAACGUUUGUAUGUGUUUAUAUGAAUAUGAAUCCACCUCCAUUUCAUCCUUUUACACCUGCACCAUGGGUCCCACCAAUGCCACCAUUGACAAGUGGCUUUUGGACGCCAACAAAUGUUCAAACUUCUCUGAAGGAAUUACAAAACACUCUUCAUCUUGCAGAAGCAAUGGAAAAGGAAUUGGAGAUGCUUAUGGCAAUGAAAGAUGGAAACCAAGAAGAAACACAGAUUACUGAUUCAAAUGAAACUAUGAUUAGAAGAUUCCAGAAGUUUCUUGAGAAUAACAUGAUAACAUUGGAUACUCAAGAGAAAAUCUCAUUAGAAGCAGCAAAUGGAUUGAUAUCAAAACUGAACAUUGAUCUUCAACCAUUUAAAAUCAUCACUGAUGAUAAAACACCAUGGGAGGAGAAAUCUUCAGCUUUAAAAUUAGCAAAUAAACUCCAUAAACAUAAAAGAAACAAACUUUGGAGGAAAAGAAAGAGACAACAAAUAGCUGAAAUGCUUUCAAAGGAACAUGAGCAAUUUAAGAAAGCUGAUCAAGAAGCUGAUGAAUGGAGGGCUAAGGAAAUUGCAAAAGAAAUCGCAAAGCAAAGGGUGGAGAAGAUGAAAGAAAUUGCAAAACAAAAAGCUAAAGAAGAGCGAAUAAGAUUAGAAUCAGAGCUAGAAUUAGUGCUGAUUGUGGAGAAAUUACAAGAAUUACGCUCCAUCAGGAUCCAGAAAUUAACAAAACAAGGGCAUUUUCUCCCAGAGGAAGAUGACAAAUUUCUUGAAAGAAUUCGUGUUGCAGUUGAAGCAGAGGAGAGAGAAGCGAUGGCUGCAGCUGAUACAAAUACUGCUAAAGAUGCAAUUACAAAUGCUUUAAAUUCAGAAGAUAAUCAAAAUAUUGUUAAAAUUGGAGAUAAAGUAAUUGAAGAAAAAAUAAAUGAGAUUGAAGUAAAAAAAGGAACAAAUUCAGUUGUUGAUGUGAAUAAUCAUGGGAAAGGAUAUUAUGAUUAUUAUUCAGCAAGUUUACCGAUUGAAUUUUAUCAUUAUUAUCAUGGAAGUAGUACUGAUAUGGGGACACUGAUUGAGGUGAGACGGACGUGGGAUGCGUAUAUAAGACAUGGAGGAAGUCGAAUACCAGGUCAUUGGGUUGAACCUCCCCCACCAGCUGAUGAAGUAUGGGCAUCAUACCUCGUGAAACAUUGAUGCUUUUUUUUUUUUUGGGUAAAAUAUUUAAAAGUUAAUUUUACUAUUGGUA